GAGGUAAGGUUAAAGAUUAAAUUUUUUGGGCUAAAAAAGGUUACUAAUAUAUAUUUUUACAAAACAAAUAUUUACAUAAAAAAGUAUUUUUUGAGGGUCCACGCAAUUAGCCGAACACCAAUUCGUCGAUUUUUCUUAUUUUCACGUGCGUCACCUGCUCACCUACUAAUAAUUAAAAUGAGCGGUUCCUGGGAAAUCUACUGGUAUCCAGAAUCGGAACCGAAUAGAAAAUCUAGAAUAUCCGGGGUUUCUUCGGUUCCGGAUCAACUACAAGGUGAGCGGUUCUUGAGAAAUCUUAAGGUAUCCGUAAUCGGAACCAAAACGAAAAUUUCAAGUAUCCGGGAUUUUUUCGGUUCUGAAUACCGGUGACCGUCAAUAUAAUACAAGGAAAAUCGCGAAAAAUGUGACGCGAAAAAUGGUGUCGACGAAUUGUAUUUUCGGCAAAUUGUAGUUGACCCAGGCUUUUUAAAAAUACUUACCUUUUUACUCCUUUUUAAGAAUUAAAAAAAUGAAUUUUCCUCUUCAAACCUUUUCUUCUUUUUCCUUUACCUCCUCUUUUUUAUAUCCCAAAAUAGACAAAAAUGUUAUUAUAUUAGAUUCAUCAUUUAAAGGUAAACAAUUGGCAAAAAGGCAAUCUUUGUUAUAUAAUUCAAUUAAAUUGUCAAGCUGAGUUUUGGCAAAAUUUUCAAAAAAUAGUCUUUUUUCUUCCAAAAUAAGCUUUUU